GCUGAAGAUGGAAAUGCAAUUGAUCUUGUAAAUUGAUUUUUUUCCUCUUACUGAUCUUUUAUCCAUCAACCUUGCUAAACUCAUUUAUCAAUUUUAUCUGAAUUUUACUUUAGGGUUGCUGUACAUGCAAUAAUUUCAUCUGCGAAUAUUAACAUUAUUGUUUUUUGUAAUCCUUAUAUAUUUGUUGCUUAUUGCACUGGCUACAACUUCCAUUGUUGUAUUGAUGAGGAUUAUUGAGAACAGGCAUCCUUGCCUUGUUCCCCAUCUUGAAAGGAAUGCUUUCAACAUUUCACCAUUAUGGUGAGAUGUUUUGAGAAAUUUUUGAAGAUGUCCUUUAUCAGCUUCUGGAGUUUUUUGUUUUUGUUUUUUUAAAUCAAUGGGUGUUGAAUAUUUUGAGUGGCUUUGCUGCAUCAAUUGGGAUGAAUAAAUUUUCCCCCUUUCAUCUGCUAAUGGGUCUAUAUUUCUCCUAGUUUAACUUUUUCUUUUAAUUUGAUAAAUAUCUUUAGCUAUAUGUUUCUUCUCAGGUCUCCCUUCUCAGUUACUCCCUUUACCUUCCAUUGUCGGUUUUCUCUAGUUUCUUCCUUUACCUUUCUUUUUACUGUGUUCUCUUCCAGCUCUUGCUUUUUGGAGUUUUCCCAGGAUAUCAAAGGUUGGGGGGAUGGCAACAUGGUUUUCAGACAGUGUGUCUCCCCACAAUCUGCUUCUCUCCACAAGUUUGUUUGAAGCCAAGUUAAAGCAAUGGAUAGAAGACGGCAGCGUGGGUGCCAGACCUGCCAAUUUCCAACUGCACACCAAACCCCGGAACAUAUGCUUUAGGCCCCUGCCUUUCGGCUUCAUAAAUAAAACCCUGUCCUGACUACCUCCAGGAUUGGAUGGAAACUCGGAUGAGUAAAUAUGGUAGAACGACUUUGCAAACUAGCACCUUAUUCACACAUAAGGGGUUUCUCUUGUCACCGAGCCUGUUAGAGGCAACGUGAGUUAACAGAAAUAGCUCGAAUUUUGAAGCUAAUGGAAUCUAGAUCCAUUCCCAACCAGCGGUGUGACCUUAUACUUACUAUUUAACCUUUCUGAACCUGUCUCCAUCCAUCUAUACAAAGAACGUGGCACAAUGUAGGAACUCAGUGAAUUUUUGAGAUUAUAAGAGGAGAUAAUACAGGUCUAUAACCUGAAAAACAUAAAAUACUCCAUAAAUGGAAGCAGUAAAUCUUCCCUGGGCUCGAGACUCCAAAGGCCCUGAGCCCAGCACCAGUAACAGCACCCAGGUAAGUAGGCUGACUGAGAGAAGAGGGCUAUAAAAAAAAAAUUAUUUCCUGAGUUUUGAAUCCUCACUGUCAGGCUUCAAUGGAGCGCAAAAGUUCCUAAAUUUGGUGAGAAAAGGCAACAUCACCAGGGAAUGAACAGACCAGGCCACUAACGUCCACGUGAGGGCUCCAGGAGCCACUUCCGGGCCCAGUCAACCACGACCAGGAGAGGCAGCGCUGGAGCCGCAAUCACGUCGACGGAAAACGAGUGCGCUCCCUACUGCAGUCACCAGGAGGCGCUAGUCCAGCCUGUCUACCGGCAAUGGUCCUUGUUUGCGCAUGCGUGAUUUCUUUCCUCCAGCAUCCCCGCCCCUCCUCCUCCGGCCGCCACCAGUUACGUUCGGCCAGUUGCGUUCGUGCGGCGACGUCCACGCAUUUUUUGACGUAGCGAGCGACGGCGGGGAGCGGAGCGGAAGUCCAGCACGGUUGCCGCUAGAGGAGGGAGGGGUGAGAAGCGUAAGUGGGCCCGGAAGUGGAAUUAAUCCGCUUACCUCUCCGGCGCCUGCGAAACAGAAAAGAGAAGGCGCCUGUCGGGCGGGGUGUGGCUUCGGGUGGCGGAGGACGCUGCGAUUGGCCCUCGGCUGUGGCGACAGCGACGAUUGGUCCCUGCGUGCAGAGCGCGGUGAGAGCGGGUGGCGGCCGUUGGAAUUCAAAAGUGGCGGGUGUGGCGCGGGGCUGGUAGCGGCCGGAGCCGCGCGAGUUCUCUACCCUGCUUCGCGAGCGGGCGAGAGAACGCGAGUCCCAGGAUCCCUGGAACCCAGUUCUCUUUCACUGCAUUCCCCCGGCGCGUGUGGGACCGAGGUGGACAUGGAUCCGCAGAGGUCCCCCCUGUUGGAAGUAAAGGGGAACAUAGAACUGAAGAGACCUCGGAUUAAGGCCCCUUCCCGGCUGCCUCUCUCAGGAAGCAGACUCAAGAGGAGGCCUGACCAGAUGGAAGAUGGCCUGGAGCCUGAGAAGAAACGGACAAGAGGCCUGGGUGCAACGACCAAAAUUACCACAUCCCACCCAAGAGUUCCAUCCCUCACUACAGUGCCACAGACACAAGGCCAGACCACAGCUCAAAAAGUUUCCAAGAAGACAGGACCCCGGUGUUCCACAGCUAUUGCCACAGGGUUGAAGAACCAGAAGCCAGUUCCUGCUGUUCCUGUCCAGAAGCCUGGCACAUCAGCUGUUCCUCCCAUGGCAGGAGGGAAGAAACCCAGCAAACGUCCAGCCUGGGACUUAAAGGGUCAGUUAUGUGACCUAAACGCAGAACUAAAACGCUGCCGUGAGAGGACUCAAACAUUGGACCAAGAGAACCAGCAGCUUCAGGACCAGCUCAGAGAUGCCCAACAGCAGGCCAAGGCCCUGGGGACAGAGCGCAGGACACUGGAGGGGCAUUUAGCCAAGGUACAGGCCCAGGCUGAGCAGAGCCAACAGGAGCUGAAGAACUUGCGUGCUUGUGUCCUGGAGCUGGAAGAGCGGCUGAGCACGCAGGAGGGCUUGGUGCAAGAGCUUCAGAAAAAACAGGUGGAAUUGCAGGAAGAGAGGAGGGGACUGACGUCCCAACUAGAGGAGAAGGAGAGGAGGCUGCAGACAUCAGAAGUAGCCCUGUCAAGCAGCCGAGCAGAGGUGGCAUCUCUGUGGCAGGAGACUGCGGCCCAGGCAGCCUUACUGGCUGAGCGGGAAGAACGUCUUCACGGGCUAGAAAUGGAGCGCCGGCGACUGCACAACCAGCUGCAGGAACUCAAGGGCAACAUCCGUGUAUUCUGCCGGGUCCGCCCUGUCCUUCCUGGGGAGCCCACUCCACCCCCUGGCCUCCUCCUGUUUCCCUCUGGCCCUGGUGGGCCCUCUGAUCCUCCAACCCGCCUUAGCCUCUCCCGGUCUGAUGAGCGGCGUGGGACCCUGAGUGGGGCACUAGCCCCACCAACUCGCCACGAUUUUUCCUUUGACCGGGUAUUCCCACCAGGAAGUGGACAGGAUGAAGUGUUUGAAGAGAUUGCCAUGCUUGUCCAGUCAGCCCUGGAUGGCUAUCCAGUAUGCAUCUUUGCCUAUGGCCAGACAGGCAGUGGCAAGACCUUCACAAUGGAGGGUGGGCCUGGGGGAGACCCCCAGUUGGAGGGGCUGAUCCCUCGGGCCCUACGGCACCUCUUCUCUGUGGCCCAGGAGCUGAGUGGUCAGGGCUGGACCUACAGCUUUGUAGCAAGCUACGUGGAGAUCUACAAUGAGACUGUCCGGGACCUGCUGGCCACUGGAACCCGGAAAGGUCAAGGGGGCGAGUGUGAGAUUCGCCGUGCAGGGCCAGGGAGCGAGGAGCUCACUGUCACCAAUGCUCGAUAUGUCCCUGUCUCCUGUGAGAAAGAAGUGGAGGCCCUGCUUCAUCUGGCCCGCCAGAAUCGGGCUGUGGCCCGCACAGCCCAGAAUGAACGGUCAUCACGCAGCCACAGUGUAUUCCAGCUACAGAUUUCUGGGGAGCACUCCAGCCGAGGCCUGCAGUGUGGGGCCUCCCUCAGUCUUGUUGACCUGGCCGGGAGUGAGCGACUUGACCCUGGCUUAGCCCUCGGCCCCGGGGAGCGGGAACGCCUUCGGGAAACACAGGCCAUUAACAGCAGCCUGUCCACGCUGGGGCUGGUUAUCAUGGCCCUGAGUAACAAGGAGUCCCAUGUGCCUUACCGGAACAGCAAACUGACCUACCUGCUGCAGAACUCUCUGGGUGGUAGUGCUAAGAUGCUCAUGUUUGUGAACAUUUCUCCACUGGAAGAGAACGUCUCCGAGUCCCUCAACUCUUUACGCUUUGCCUCCAAGGUGCGACUACCACCAAUGAAUCCCAGGCCUUGUCAGGACCCAUGGGUGCUUGUAGGCUUCUCCAUUCCUAUCCCUUCUGUCUUCUAGGGCAGGGAGCACAUUUGUCCAGAAAGGUUUUACAUUUGCAGGCAUCUGAGGCAGUACUCACCAUGGUUCCAUUUUUAAUUAUUAGCUUUCGAGUUAAGUUUUUUAAAAAACAGGUGAUUAAUUUAACCUGAGAAAGCUGAUUG